UAUAUUGUAUGAAGAAUUUUUAUUGUGACGGAAGAGAUUUUCUCUUUUUUUUUUCGUUUCUUUGUCGCUACGGGUUUCUUAUAACAAAAAAAUAAUAACGUUUCAUUGUAACAGCACAGAUUAAUCGAAAUUGUACAAGGUUAUAAAUUAAAUUGUGGUGAGAGUGUUUCGUUGGACUUAGCAAUCGUUUCAAAUAUUGCAGUUUUUUUUGUCUAUUUCAAUACACUGUGUGACAAUAACAAAGACCCACUCAAAGUCAGCCAUAGACCAGCACUUUCGUUUCCAAGUAAAAGUGAAUUAGUUUUGUGUCGGAAUAAAAUUCCAUUUUUUAAUUACUCGAUAACGGAUAAAUUAGCAACAUAAUGGAUAUUGACGAGAAUACAGGUCAAGGGACACCGCCAUCACAGCCAACUGGUGAUGUUGAACAAUUUCUUUUGCACCAAUUUUCAAGAAUGGGCACCACAGACCACGACGAAUUAGUCAAUCAACUACAAAAGGUUCUAGGCAACCAAUUAAAUUACAAUACAGCCCGUUUCUUUUUGGACAUGAAUAAUUGGAAUCUUCAAGCGGCCGUCGGUUUCUAUUUGGAUUACUAUUCCGGCAUGAAAUUGCCGUCGAUGCAAAUCAUAUCAGAUGUUACGAUUGGCGAGGGAGAAGCCAUUACGCCGAAUACACCUUUUGUUCAAUCGUGGAGCGUUCGCAACAACGGUGACGAGACAUGGCCGCCAUGUUAUAUAAAAUGUACAUCGAACGAAAAUCUGCCGAUUGUUCACAUUGCCCCAGUAGAGUCUGGUCAAUGCACUGUUAUCUCAGUGUCCUUGCAAAGCCCCUCAGAACUCGGUUCCUUCCAAACCAAAUGGCGCCUAUUCACAUCGAAUGGUUCCUGCUUUGGUGACACAAUGUGGUCGAUAGUCCAAGUCACAGAAAGCGGUACACUUGCGUUAACACAACAGCUGUCCGAGCUACGAACAAAUAACGGGUCUGAAAUUCCAAUCACCAAACCCAUGGUAGAGGGUCCGCAAUCCCAAAUCGACGAUUGUGAUAUGUGAUGAUAAUUUUGUGCGUUGCCACCUUGUUUUUUUUUAAAUGUCAACUUUAUGCCUCCAUUCAUUCGUUAUAAUACUGUGUGCGAGAGAGGAAUGAAAUGAAAUGAAAUGUAAUAUAUGCUAAUGCACUAUAGUUAUUAAGAGAAUAGAUGCAUUGCAUCUAAUAAGCAAGUUAAAAUGCGAAUACAUUAUUGAGUGUCUAGAGAGUUUGGGACGAAUUUUCAAAAUUCGAAAUUUAAAUAUCGACCGAAAAUUGAGUUAUUUUUUUAACAGUUACAUUUUGCGACCGUUAUUAAUCGUGGUUUUUUUGUUUCAAAUAUUUUUGGUGAAUCAUUUAUUUACUUUUGAACUAAUCGGCGUAGAUUUUUCGAUUUUUUAUAGCUUUUUUGCAAAUCAUUAUUAUAUUUGAAAGAAAAUAGAAAUUCGCCGACACAUGAGCGUCAUUGAAUACAAUGAAUUAAAAAAAUACAGAAAAACACAUACAUAAAUCACAAAGUCAUAAAAAUCCAAUGUUGCAAGUCAAAAAUAGCGAGAUCUUAUAAAUUGUUCCAUUUUACAAAAUUAGUUUGUAACAGACGACAGAGUUGAUUAUAACACAUACACCCAUAUGCAUAUAAUAAUAAUAAUGGAUUCGCAAAUCGAAUAUGUCGUAAAUUGAAUGUAUGAUGAACAUUUAUCAAUAGUUGCAAUGUCAGGCAUAUAUCAGAGAAUAUAUUUAAUUAAGUGCGCAUACGAAAGAAAAGAGAUUAUGUCAUUUUCUUUCAUUAUUUUUAUCAUGUUUUGAACAAAUUGAUUAUCCAUUUUCUUA